AUGUAUGAUAUUCUUGAAGAGGCAUCCAUUAUCACCGACUGCGAGGUUUCCGAGGAGCGUAGUGCUAGAGGCAGCUGGAACGGCAGUAUACACAAUGAACCCUCAGAGGCGGAACCACCAUGGUUACCGCCUUCUCAUCUUUCUGCACAUUUACCGUUUCGUUCUGCUUGCGAAUACCUUGACCGCCAUUCACGUGAUUGGAAUGAUGAGUUCCAGAAACUCUGGGAUGAGGAAACACAUCAGCUGUGGGGCACUGAUAGUCGUGAGUCUUUGGAACAGUUGCUUAAUCACUAUGAGUCAUAUUGUCUUAGUUUGGUAGAAAGCCUCUGUCGAGAAGGUGGCUCCAGCAGUACAUGGUCAAGUAAAGCACUAGAGAUCCCUGAUUGCUUCCGUGUUGGAAACAUCAUGUUGCGUGUAUGGAAAGAUGACAAAUUAGGUCUUAACAUGCAGCGUUGUUUCCGAGUCUUACUCGAUUGUAAAGCACCUCGUAUAGCUUUUCCUCUUACUGCAGCAUUUCGUUAUUAUAAUGUUAGCAUUACAGCACAAGCUGUUAUACCAAUAGCACGUGGUCGUGCUCCGCUCUAUCGUGGCGAUGGUGUUGCGGAUCCACUACUACAUUCUCCUUUACGUGAUUACCUUUCUUUCUUACUGGAGGCACUUAAUGUUAUUCCACACGGUAUUGGUGUACAGUCAAAGCAUUUAGGGGUGGAGGUUUAUGAAGGUGCGGAUAGGCGUCUUUACCUUCUUAAUCCUAUUGGACUUUUACCACCAUUGAAUGGAAUAUCGUCAAGUCGUUCCGUUCCACUUCGUCGUUGGUGGCAUAUUGUGCGGGGACCUCCGGCUGUAUUUAUGCAACCACCGCUGGAGUCUUAUGAUCGAGAUGUUUCUAAUAUUUAUUUCUCACUUCUUGACGCAAUGCAUGAAGUUGGUGUACGUAGACAUAAAGCUAUGGUUCGUAUUUUACAUGAAAAUGGACUCAAUAUUUGUUUACUGGGUAAAGUGUUGCGACACCUUCUCUCACAAACGGAUGAGAAUACUAAUGAUGAUGAUGAUGAUUAUGAUGAUGAGAAUAAGGAAAAUUUAUCACGAUUGAUUGGUGUAGAGAUUAUUGCACGUGCUGUACGUCGUGUAAUGUAUAAUCAAGUAACUCUUGAUCGCGCCCCUCGUACCGUUAAAACAGCAAAUGGUUAUUUAGCACGUGCUGUUAGUGCUAUGAUAGAUACGGAUUCAAAUCGUUUUAUCUACGGUCUUAUUCCAACCAUAAACAGGAUGUUCCCAACUAGUGAUAAUGAUAAUUUACUUCAAAAUUAUUUACAAUCUCUACUUCGUGAUAAUACAUUACUUGCAACUAAACGAUUAUGCUCUCUAUGCGGUUUUAUCCUUAACAGAGGUAUUGUAGAACGUAUUGAUUGUAUCCCAUCGUCACACAAUUUUAGUAGUUAUGUAGAUGUUAGUCAUGAGAGCGCUGUACCAGUAUUUAUGUUAAAUACAAAAAAGGAAAGUGAUGUUACUCGUGGUCUCUUUACAUCUUUGAUAUUACCUUAUCAUAUUGUUCAUCAAGUACGAGCUGGUCACUUUCAACAAGCUAUGCGUCUCGCUCGACGUAUUGUUGCCGUACGAGCACGAGCCAAAAGACAAUUCUUAUACUUUGAGGCAUUAAUAAACGCGGCAGUUGUUACUACACAAGCUGGAAAUCAUGAAAGUGCAAAAGAAAUGCUUGAACGGGUACGAACUGGAAUGCGUAUUACACCUGCUGUUAAACUUGGUGUUCUAAAGAAUUCUGGAACCUUAUUAAUUCCACGUAAUAAUUAUUUUCUCCCAGGUCGUGUUGAGGUUGAAGUAACAGAUGGUUUUCUUGAUUGUUGUUCUGGAGAAUAUGUGGAGGCACGAAAGAAAUUUCUUUCUGCUAUUGAUUUGGGCUGUUCAAUGGACACUUCAAGCGCGGAGUUUGCUACUUACUUACUUUUAUUACCUUUCGCAGGUCUUCUGGAGACUGCCGUGCGUUCCUCCGUUGUAACGAUUGGAGAAUUGCUUGCCAUGUGGAGACGUCUUCGUCUUCUUCUUGGGCCUUCUAUUUAUGGGGCGACUAUUUGUGAACAGUUAGCCUCUUUACUAUUUGAAAGAGGAAUAUAUGAAACUGCGGUGGAGCGAUUGCGAGAUGCGAUGGAGAUUGUAGCUCUUCUCCUUGGUGAUCAAUCAUUUGAAGUUGGUGUAUUAUUAAAUAAACUUGCAUUUGUUUAUUAUACAUGGGAUGUCAAACGUUUUGGAGUACUUUGUACCUCUUUACUGCAAUUCUCAGAAACUAUUAUGAUUGAAACCAAAGGGGAUUUAACUGUUUCGCAUCUCUGUGUAGUGGAGAAUACUGUAAUGACAUUAAUGAUGCGUGGAAAGUUUGUAGAAGCCUCUGGGAGAUUACGAGCGGUAUUAAAUCCCUCAUCUCAGAGAAUUCUCCGUAUUCCACGGGAACACCCUGUGAUGGUGCGACUUUACGAAACUCAGGAACGUCUUAAAACGUUGUUUACACCUACUGCCAUUGUAAUUAUUCAACGCCGUUGGAGGGAAUAUAAAAGACGAGUGGUGUUAAACAUUGUAUUUGAGGUAAAUGCAUGUCUUUUACAACGUGUGGGACGUGGGAUGCUACGUCGUAAAUUAUUACUCUUAUACUCUAGAAGUUAUAUUCAUUUAGAAGAGUUGUAUCGACAUGACUAUGAAUUUACUUUACUUAACUUUUCUAAACCAUUAUUACGUGCUUCAGAAUUAAUAUCAAAGAAGUGUCGUAAUUGGAAUGGAGAAUUUCAAUACCACCAUCAAUGUGAUUUAAUGUGGGAUGCAGAUUCUUAUACAGCACGGAAAGAACAUUUAACGGCUUUAGAGCAGGAAUUUCAUAAUACUGUAGUGGAAGGUAUUAAAAGUUCACAAAAGUUAUCACGGGGAUUAAUACCUGUACCAAGUUGUUCUACUUCUUUUGUGAAGGAAAAUAUUGUUAUUACACGAGUGGCAAAAGAUGAUGAAUUUCCAAAAUGGCAGAAUAAACUCUCCGCCUUGUUGAGACAGUCUCCAACAGCUUUUUUCACCGCUGCUUUAUGUGAUUACGUUGUGGUAGAAGAUGAGGCCUAUUUUGCACAAGCUCUUAUUCCUGUACACCGUAAACCACAAUUUAUUAUUGCUAGUGAUGGAAAAAUUGAUGUAGGAACUUAUGGGGAAUCAUGUGGUAUUUUUGAAGAGAUAUCUUGGCUUCUCCUUGGUCAUGGCUUAAAUCAUCAUACCAAUUGUGUGUUUGGGGCAGAGAUUGUAAAAGCUAUGGAUGGUAUGUGGUACUUGACUAAUGGGAUUCGUUUCCUUGCCUCUUCACAAGAUUCCACAGAUAAUUUAUCGGAGACUUCAAAUACAUCUCCAUAUGAAAAGGCUCUUCAGUUGUGUGCGAUGAAUCAGCAGAAACAAGCGGUUGCUCUCAUGGAACAGUACAUUUUAUCCAGAAAGUGGUAUCAUUGCGCUGGUGAAAUACUCGCACGGAGUUUUCUGGCCUAUUGCCGUGCUGCAGCAGGGGAACUGAAAGAUACCAUAUUUAAAGUUUCUAAUAUCGGAGAUAAUAUUGAGAAAAGGGGAUGGACGUUAUUAACCACUCGAUUGAAUUAUUUACUUGGACGGGCUUUAAUUCGCAUUGGAGAGUACGCACAGGCUAUUGAACCACUAAUGGAACAAUUUCAAAUUUUAAAAAGUGAACGCUUUCAUGCGUACUAUGCAGCUUACCCUAUUCUUGAUAGUGCUCUCUGGCUUGGUAGAGCCUCUCGCAAUGCUGGUAAACCACUGCAACGAUCUGUGAUCACUUUUACACUUCACGUGGCGACUAAUAGUGAACCAACAGAACUGUUGUUUGAAACUUGUGCGGCUAUGACUCACUACUGCAUGGAGUCCGGGGAAUUACAACUUGCAGAGGAAUUCGCCGCCGUACGUGAACGUAAAGUGAAGGAACUUGAUGAGGCAUCUAGUCUACGGUAUGCUAAAGCCCUUCAUGAUCACAGUCAGUUACUCUUUCGAAGAGGUGGGAAGGAGAGUUACGAGGCAAGUGCUUCCAUGUUAACAGCUGCUAUUCGUAUUGUGGAAACGGCUCAACCAGAUUCUCUAGCUCUUGGCAUUAUGUUAAACAAUUACGGAUCCUUACUCACACAUAUGAAUAAGUUAUCAUCUGCGAAGAAAGCACUUUUAAAUGCCCAGCGGUUACUUCAAACACAUCUAAGUAGAGAACAUCAAGAGAUGAUUAGUUGGCGGAAAAAUAUGAAGAUUCUUGAGAAUAGAAUACGAAGAGGAGCUGCGCUACGCAUUCAGCAUGCCGUACGCCGUUGGAUAGAAAGAAGAGCUUCCAGCAGACGUUUAGAGUUAGAAGACCCGGAACGAUACGGUGCUCUCCUGCGCUAUCAAUUAGUCUCACGUAUGAAACGUCUUGUUGUUUCAGAGGCAACAGGACGAAUUUUUAUUGCGGAUGAGGAAAAUGAACUUUUUUAUCUUUUACAAUGUAAACAAAGACAGAGUCUUGGAAACGCCAAGAUAGCAACCAUUCUUCGUCAAACUCAUGGGGCAAGGAUGAACAUUCAUAAAGAAAAAAUAUUAACAUCUCUUGCAGAACUCACAGAGUUAGAAAAAAAUAUUCGAGAUGUAAUUAUCUCUUUCCAGUAUAAAGAGCAGGAAAUGCUAUUUAUACAGGGUUUAUGGGAAAGACAUCGUUUAGGUCGUCGUUCUAUUAUUCGUGAAAAUCAUAUGAUGCGCAUUACACUCAAAAUAUGGCGUAUCGAUAAUGUACAAACCGUAAUACGUAGUGAUAUGUUACGAUCACAUUUGAGAUUAUUACUUUAUCUUGUCUCACGUGAGGAGGCUGCACGGCGUAAAAUGCUUGAACGGAUAAAUCGAAAGAAAAAACGGGCGCUUGGGGUUAAUAUUAGUCGUAUAUUGAAUCAAAAUCGUCAUAGUAACCACCGUCCAAGACGUCGAAAAAACUUUCAACGCAUAUUCGAAGAUCUUAUUAUCGAAGAACAGGUACGCAGAGAAAGUAUUGUAAAGAAAGAGGCGAUAUUGUCGCGUGACUUUUUUUUUGGACCACUUGUAGAUUCAGAGGAAGAUUCAGAGAAAGAUUCCUCUGGAAUAUGGUGA